CCCAAACGGAAGAGGAUAACGGCGUGAGUAGAAAAAAAGAGCGAGUGUGAGUGAUGAAAAGAAAGGAAAGGAGUCUUUUUUAUUUUUUUUAUUUUUUUUUAAUAUCUCUCAUCUCUCAUCUCUGCUUUGCUUUUUAUCAAACAAGCUCGCAUCAUCAUCACAUCCACUUCCUUCUUCUUCCUUUCUCUUUGCCCAAAUGUGGAUUCUUUGAGCCGUUAUUAGAUCUCUGCCGCCUACCUACAAUAAUGGGGAGCUUAUCUUCUGAGGAAGACGACCAAGUCUCUUCCGAGAGAUGCGGAAGCUACAGUCCCAGCGCCGACAUUAGCGAGUCUGAGAGUUCCACCAGCUUCGACGGCGAGGGACCCUCUAGCUCCAUCCCUUCUUCCCCCCGGCUUGUCGCUGGGAGAGGCUUUUACUUCCCGCCGCCAGUUAUGCUUCCGGUGAUCGGCGGCAAAGAUGUGCUCUGGGAUGACAAACACUCAGACAACAACGAUUUCUCCGAAAUUGAGAUGAUGAAGGAGAGAUUUGCGAAGCUACUUCUCGGAGAAGACAUGUCAGGAGGAGGUAAAGGUGUUUGUACGGCGCUUGCUAUCUCCAACGCCAUCACCAAUCUCUCUGCGACUGUGUUCGGCGAGCUAUGGAGGCUUGAGCCUCUUGCUCCUCAGAAGAAGGCUAUGUGGCGUAGAGAACUUGAAUGGCUCCUCUGUGUUAGCGAUUCUAUCGUUGAGCUCAUUCCUUCCCUUCAGCACUUCCCCGGAGGCGGCACUUAUGAGAUCAUGGAGACCCGUCCACGUUCUGAUCUCUAUGCCAAUCUCCCUGCUCUCAAGAAGCUCGAUGCUAUGUUGAUCGAUAUGCUUGACGCUUUCUCCGAUACCGAGUUCUGGUAUACUGAUCGCGGCAUUGUUCUUGGAGAAUGUGACAAGGAUUCUUACAAUUCCCCAGCUUCCGUUAGGCAGGAGGACAAGUGGUGGCUGCCUUGCCCUAAGGUUCCGCCUAACGGUUUGUCAGAAGAGUCCAGGAAGAAACUGCAGCAGUGUCGGGACUUUGCUAACCAGAUUCUCAAGGCUGCAUUGGCAAUUAACAGCGGUGUGCUCGCCGAAAUGGAGAUUCCCGACCCUUACUUGGAGACUUUGCCCAAGAGCGGGAAGGAAUGUCUUGGAGAGAUCAUCUACCAGUACUUAACUGCAAACAAGUUCUCUCCCGAAUGCCUCCUAGACUGUCUUGAUCUCUCAUCGGAGCAUCAGACUCUUGAAAUCGCCAACCGGAUUGAGGCGGCUGUGUACGUUUGGAGACAGAAGAAUGGGAGGAGGCACAAGAAGCAGGCGAAACUAAAGCUGUCUUCAUGGGGUGGCAAGGUUAAAGGCCUUGUUAGUGACACCGAAAGAAAUGAUUUCCUAGUGCAGAGAGCCGAGACCCUCUUGCAGAGUCUUAGGAUCCGUUUUCCGGGACUUCCCCAGACAACGCUGGACAUGAACAAGAUUCAGUACAACAAGGAUGUAGGGCAAUCAAUUCUGGAGAGUUACUCGAGGGUGAUGGAGAGCAUGGCCUUCAACAUCACGGCCAGAAUAGAUGAUGUGCUUUAUGUUGAUGAUGCCAUGAGAAGAUCCAUCUCUGUCACGGAAUCGCUAUCCCUAUUCAGCAUCAAUGGACUCAACGGUCAGAAAGCGUUAUCUGUGCAGAGCUCUCCGCAUGGUUCACCAUUUGCAACGCCUUCCCUAAGUGUAGCAUCGAGGAGCCCGAGGAGAGCACCGCCGCUGUAUUCAGUGAAGAGGAAUGGGACGAGAGAGAAGGGAUUAGUGGGGGAAACAGAGAAAGAAUGGUCGUAUGCGGGGAAUCUGAGUUCAAGAAGAGUAACGGGAGUGACGCCGGAAAGAGAUUAAGGUUGAAAAUAGAAGAAUGUAAAUCAAUGGUUGUAGAGACUGUAGUUGUUUGUUGUUAGUCUGACUACGAAGAGUAUUAUUAUGGUAAUAGCAACAAGAAUGUUAUGUUUUGGGAAUGCUGUAAGCAGAAGAGAGAGGAGACACAAUUCCUUAGCUCGUUAGCAAGUUUAGACUGAUUCUGGUCCAA